AUGUCCCUACUAUGUGUGGGAGUGAAGAAAGCCAAGCUGGAUGGACCCCAAGAGAAGUUCAACACCUAUGUGACUCUUAAGGUGCAAAAUGUGAAGAGCACAACCAUCGCUGUCAGGGGCAACUUGCCCAGCUGGGAGCAAGACUUCAUGUUUGAAAUCAACCGAUUAGACCUGGGUCUGACAGUAGAGGUGUGGAACAAAGGGUUAAUCUGGGAUACCAUGGUGGGCACGGUGUGGAUUCCUCUCCACAGCAUCAGACAGUCAAAUGAGGAAGGCCCAGGCGAGUGGCUCACGUUGGACUCUCAGGUCAUCAUGACUGAUAAUGAGAUCUGCGGCACCAAAGAUCCCACGCUUCACCUGGUGCUGCUCGACACACGCUUUGAGCUGCCCCUCGACAUCCCAGAGGAUGAGGCAAGGUACUGGGCUAAAAAACUGGAGCAACUUAAUGCAAUGAGGGACCAAGAUUACUCGUACCAAGAAGAACAGGAACGCCCACUCCGGGUUCCAACCACCCAGUGCUGCAAUUGGAGUUUAUGGGGAGACCAACAGAACGAUGACCCUGACAGUGCUGUAGAUGACAGAGACAGCGACUACCGCAGUGAAACCAGUAACAGCAUCCCCCCUCCGUACUAUAGUACAUCACAGCCCAACGCCUCUGUCCACCAGUAUCCAGUCAGCCACCAGCACCGCAACUCCAGAGGCGUUUCAUACUCACAUUCGACCAACAGCCAUGACCUUGACUACCAUCAUCAGCGGACUGUAAGUCCCACUGGAAGCUAUGCAUCAUCUGCUGAGUUAAGUCGAUGCAGCAGUCAGCUGAGUGAGGAGGACUACGGCGGUGAAUAUGGAGAGAGGGACCCUUACGAUGAAAAUGACUCUUACCAUUCCUGCCACUCCUCAGUCAGCUACAGUAAAGGUUCCCCAGACUGGGACCCUGAUGAGACCCAGGGCGCAUACAGUGAUGAGGGUGGCUACAGCAAAGAUGGAGGUGAAGAGGCUGCUCUGUAUGAGGAAGAAGAUGCAGGCUUAUACGAGGUCGAAGAGGAGGGUCUUUAUGAAGAUGAAGACUUGAUGUAUGAUGAAGAUGAUUUAUACAAUCUGGAUGGAAACCUCAGUGAGGAUUUAGAGCCUCCAUUCACACCCACUCCAACAUCAACGGCUCCCCCAGCUCUUGAUGUACCGAGCUCUAGACCGCCACUGGAAAAACAAUCCUCUGUACAUGAAAAACAGCCCCCUGUACAACCCUCAAAUCAAAUAUCCAACCAGGCUGGAAUCGCUCCAACAGCACAGCCCCCCCCUCCUGGUCAUCAAAAUUCUCAACCACCUAAACAGCCCCAAACACAGGCUCAGACAGCGCCGUCCGCCACGUCCUUUUUCUCAAUGGCCAAACCUCUAACCGCCGCAGUCACGGGCUUGGCCUCCACUUUUCUGUCUUCUGUCCCUACUGGCCAACCCGCGCAGUCUCAUCCCCCGCCACCCGCUGCCUCUGAACAACAACAGUCUGCAGCAGCAAACAAUGUCCCACCGUCCCACCCGGCCACAUUAGCAGCAAGUCAGCCACCCUCCGCCACCACGGGCCCCCCUUCACAGCAGAUUCCAAAUUCUCCAAAGCCUGCAUCUCCACUUAACAGUUCUGAAAAUGUCCAGUCCUCUGCCCCGAUAGAUGAGGGUUUGCAGAUGGAAGAAGAGCCAUGGCUGGAGGAAGAAAACGUACCAGAAGAGGCCAAGUUGUCCGAAACGCCCCCAGAAGAAAAUCUCAGCAAGGAACAAAAGAUUGAAACAAGCAGGCCACCAACUCCUGAGGAAAAAGAAAUACCAACUGAAAGUCCUCCAGUUAUAGAGGAACCCAAAGAGCCAGUGGAUCCAGCAGUCCGAGCUAAAGAGAAUUGGCUAAGGCUCUACAACAAGGUUUUAGACCAGCUUCGGGAGGCGCGAGGAGAAACGUCCAGCUCGUUGUGGUUUGGUAAAGGAGGGAUGGGAGGUGCACUUUAUAGUAUUGACAGCAUGCCAGACCUUCGGAAGAGAAAAGCCAUUCCUCUGGUCAGGGAUCUGUCACUGGUGCAGAACUCUCGGAAGGCCGGAAUCACCUCUGCAAUGGCCUCAACCACUCUCGGCAAUGAGGAGUUGAAAAGUCACGUAUAUAAGAAAACCCUGCAGGCGCUCAUAUACCCCAUCUCCUCCACUACACCGCAUAAUUUUGAAGUGUGGACAGCCACCACGCCCACUUACUGUUAUGAAUGCGAAGGCUUGCUGUGGGGCAUAGCCCGACAAGGCAUGCGCUGCUCUGAGUGUGGCGUCAAAUGUCACGACAAGUGCCAAGAUCUGCUAAACGCCGACUGUCUGCAGAGGGCUGCGGAGAAAAGUUCUAAACAUGGAGCAGAAGACCGAACGCAGAACAUCAUCAUGGUUCUAAAGGACCGCAUGAAGAUCAGAGAGAGGAACAAACCAGAAAUUUUUGAGCAAAUUCAGGAAGUGUUUGGCCUUGACAAAACGACACAUGGCACCCAAAUGAAACAGAUCAAGCAAAGUGUGCUUGAUGGGACGUCGAAAUGGUCAGCAAAAAUCAGCAUCACUGUGGUAUGUGCACAAGGACUCCAGGCGAAAGACAAAACCGGUUCCAGUGAUCCAUAUGUAACGGUCCAGGUGGGAAAGACCAAAAAAAGAACUAAGACCAUCUAUGGCAACCUCAACCCAGUCUGGGAAGAGAACUUCCAUUUCGAGUGCCACAAUUCUUCUGAUCGCAUCAAGGUCCGAGUUUGGGAUGAAGACGAUGAUAUCAAGUCUCGUGUUAAGCAGAGGUUUAAACGCGAGAGCGACGACUUCCUUGGUCAAACUAUCAUUGAAGUCCGCACUCUUAGUGGGGAGAUGGACGUUUGGUACAACCUAGACAAGAGGACAGAUAAAUCUGCUGUGUCGGGAGCCAUCCGCAUGCACAUCAGCGUGGAGAUUAAAGGAGAGGAGACGGUGGCUCCUUAUCAUGUCCAGUACACCUGUCUUCAUGAACAUCUCUUCCAGUACACUACUGAGGAACAGAAUGGUGGAGUGGUGAAAAUCCCCGAUGCCAAAGGAGACGAUGCCUGGAAGGUUUAUUUUGAGGAAACUGCUCAGGAGAUAGUAGAUGAGUUUGCCAUGCGUUAUGGUGUGGAGUCCAUCUAUCAGGCUAUGACCCACUUUGCCUGCUUGUCAUCUAAGUACAUGUGCCCCGGAGUGCCUGCGGUGAUGAGCACCUUGCUUGCCAAUAUCAAUGCUUACUAUGCUCACACGACCCAGUCCUCCAACAAUGUUUCCGCCUCAGAUAGAUUUGCUGCUUCCAAUUUUGGCAAGGAGAGGUUUGUCAAGUUACUGGAUCAGCUGCACAACUCCUUGAGGAUUGACCUCUCCAUGUAUCGGAAUAAUUUCCCUGCCAGCAGUCCUGAAAGACUCCAAGACCUCAAGUCUACUGUGGACCUGCUGACCAGCAUCACAUUCUUCAGGAUGAAGGUCCAGGAACUACAAAGUCCCCCAAGAGCGAGUCAGGUUGUGAAGGACUGUGUCAAAGCCUGUCUCAAUUCAACCUAUGAGUACAUUUUCAAUAACUGUCACGACCUCUACAAUAGGGAAUAUCAGACAGAUCCGUCAAAGGCAGUUCCUCCAGAUGAGCAGGGUCCCAGCGUAAAGAAUCUGGACUUCUGGUCCAAACUCAUCACGCUCAUUGUCUCCAUCAUAGAAGAGGAUAAAAAUUCCUACACUCCUUGCCUUAAUCAGUUCCCACAGGAACUAAAUGUGGGCAAGAUCAGUGCUGAGGUCAUGUGGAAUAUGUUUGCUCAAGAUAUGAAAUAUGCCAUGGAAGAACACGAAAAGCACCGUCUUUGCAAAAGUGCAGAUUAUAUGAACUUGCACUUUAAGGUGAAGUGGCUUUACAACGAGUACUGCAAGGAACUGCCCACAUUCCAGAAACAUGUACCUGAGUAUCCAGCAUGGUUUGAGCCCUUUGUCAUCAUGUGGUUGGACGAAAACGAGGAAGUAUCAAGAGAUUUUCUCCAUGGGGCUCUGGAGAGGGACAAAAAAGAUGGCUUCCAGGUCACUUCAGAGCACGCUUUAUUCUCCUGUUCUGUGGUCGAUGUGUUCUCUCAACUCAAUCAGAGCUUUGAAAUCAUCCGCAAACUGGAGUGCCCCGACCCUCAAAUUGUCGGCAACUACAUGAAGAGAUUUGCCAAGACCAUUGGCAAUGUUCUGCUGUCUUAUGCUGACAUCAUAGCGAAGGAAUUUCCAAAUCAUGUGAAGAAGGAGAAAGUGCCAUGUAUCAUCAUCAACAAUAUCCAGCAGCUACGUGUUCAGCUGGAGAAGAUGUUUGAAGCAAUGGGAGGCAAAGAUCUCAAUGUGGAGGCGAGUGACUUCCUGAAAGAACUGCAGAACAAACUCAACAGCGUCAUGGACGACCUCAGCCGCAUUUUCGCCGUCAGUUUCCAGCCCCAAAUUGAGGACAACGUCAGACAGAUGGGGGAUAUCCUGGCCCAGGUCAAAGGUCAGACUGUGCCAGCCAAUGGCAGCGUCGUUCAGGAAGCAGACAAUGUUCUGCAACCUAUCAUGGACUUUCUGGACAGCAACCUGUCGCUGUUUGCUAAAAUCUGCGAGAAGACAGUUUUGAAGAGAGUGCUGAAAGAACUCUGGAAACUGGUGAUGAACACCAUGGAGAAAACCAUUGUGCUUCCAACACUUACUGACCAGACGGGAACUCAGAUGAUCUUCAAUGCUGCUAAGGAAUUAGGCCAACUGUCGAAGCUCAAGGAGCACAUGGGCCGAGAGGAGGCCAAAGCACUCACUCCAAAACAGUGUGCGGUCAUAGAGCUGGCAUUAGACACCAUUAAGCAAUACUUCCAUGCCGGCGGUGUGGGCCUGAAGAAAACUUUUUUGGAGAAGAGUCCAGACCUCGCGUCUCUGCGCUAUGCCUUGUCUUUGUAUACGCAAGCCACAGAUAAACUCAUCAGGAAGUUUGUCCUCUCCCAGCACGCUCAGGCAUCGGGGGUGGAUGCAGUUGGAGAAGUGGUCAUGCACGUGGAUAUUCUACCUCAGCCAAACGGCGAGCACAAGAUCAGCAUCAAAGUGGUGGCUGCUAACGAUCUGAAAUGGAGGGCGCAGGGUUUCCGGCCUUUUGUGGAGGUCUACAUCAUCGGCCCUCACCUUAGUGACAAAAAAAGGAAGUUUGCAACCAAAUCCAAGAACAACAGCUGGUCUCCAAAAUUCAAUGAGAGCUUCCAGUACUCGCUGGGCACCGAGGUGGGUCCCGAGAGUUACGAGUUGCAAGUGUGCGUGAAGGACUACUGCUUCGCCCGAGAGGACCGCACGGUGGGCAUGGCCGUGCUGCAGGUGAAGGACAUCGCCAACAAGGGCAGCGUCACCUGCUGGCUGCCGCUGGGCCGCCGCGUGCACAUGGACGAGACGGGCCUGACGGUUCUACGCAUCCUGUCUCAACGCAACAACGACGAUGUGGCCAAAGAGUUUGUCAAGCUCAAGUCGGACCAGCGCUCGGCCGAGGAGGGCCGCAGCUGA